AUCCGGGAAGGAGAGAGCAGGGCAGGAGGGGGGUGUUCAUUGUAGGAGUAGCAUUACAACUACUAACACAGUAUUUGAAGCUUGUCUGGAAGCUGUUUCUCAGUAAAGGAAACCCUUAUCCCAUCACUACUGCACCUGCCCAGCAGCUCCUAAAACCGCAGGACCUCAAAUGGCCUCCCCAUCUGUGACCACUCAGCCUCUUCCGUUUGGUCUGGAAAGGGAGAAACAUAUUGACAUGCUCUUCAGAGCUUUCCACAGGCAGAUUAGACCUACUACAGACACGCAGGACCUCACUCCUGUGCUCCGGGAUACAGGCAGAACAAGAGGACAGGAUGGAGGACCUGGAUGGAAAGAGACAGACAAUGAAAGAGUGGGAAAACUGUCUGUUCUGAGAACAGUCACAAGACUUCAUAUUACUGCCAGACCAGAACUGCAAGGUCCUCAGUGUGUAGCCCGCAGAACAUACAGCAUUUCCACAGAAAGCAGUGAUCAGCUCUUUGUGGCUGUGGAAGAGAGCUCAUGCAUGUGUAUGCAGUGCUGCGGUCCAGCUCGAUCCUGUUCACUACAAGGCUUUGAUAAGGACGCAGAGUGCGUCUUUCUAUUUGAGAGGCCCCUGAGAGCGGAGAUGUGCUGGCUUGGCUGCUGCCUGAUGGAAAUAAGGGCCUAUACACCAGAGAGAGAGCUGAUUGGGACAGUUCACCAAAGGUGGAGCAUGUUCACGCCGUAUUUCGAGGUCUGUGACUCUGAGGGCAUCUCGGCCGUGAGGAUCCAGGGCUCCUGCUGCAACACUCGCUGCCUCUCUGAGCAGGAGCUGCAGCUGGUUUCCAGUAUCGGUGAGAGUAUUGGGCGCAUAUGGAAAAGGUGGCCUGGAUAUAAUGAGGAAUGUAACAUGGAUCAUGAGUAUUUUGGACUAGAUGCUUCAGUGUGA